AUGAAAUUGUUGGAAAGUAAAAUUUGUUUUGUUGAUGGAACUGCUGUGUCAUUCAAAGACAAGAAGGUAAUCAACGAACUACUCAUUAAAUAUGGUGCUUCAGUAACCACUCUAUUGAAUCAAAAGGUAUCACUCUAUGUUUGUUGUGUAAACGACUUACAAUUAUUAUGUAAAGAUAAGACUUCUCUAGAUGAAUCAAAUGACACUAGUGGUAGUGGUGGUGGUGGUGAUGAAGAUGUUGGCUUUAGAGGAAGUAUGUAUGUCGAUAGUUUGUCUUACAACAUCAAGAAGGCCAUCAAGCUGAAUAUCCCUGUGGUCACACGACAAUACAUCGAUGAUUCAUUUCAGGCUGGUGUUUUGUUGUCCACUGACCAAUACCAAUUGGUAUCCCUGUAUAAUAUCAAAGAACAUCAUUAUCAAUCAUUGGAUUUCUCUAAUGUCUUGGAGACAUCCGGUGGAGACAAUUCCGACGCCAAGUCGGUUGAACAACUAAAGCGGUAUGCACUGGAUGCAACCGAUGCUCCUACCUUCCCCAAUGAUCGUUAUCACAUCGUCAAGUAUAAUGUUCUUCAAAGAAUAGGUGCACAAGAUUUUGCAUGUAUUGAGUUGCAUGUUGGAGGUGGCGCACUCUCACGUAUCACCUUGGCACCAGGUGGAGAUUCCACCUCGUCAUCUGACUCUGAACCAACUUACUAUCGUGUAUAUCUCAACCGUGGAAGAAUCGAUAGUCUAUCUACUUCUGUACAUGAAUGGAUUGCUGCCAAUGGAAUGGAAGAUGCUCUUGGUAUCUACAAUCAACUAUUCCUUCACUAUGUAGUGGAACAGUCGUACAGUAAGUUGUUAUUGCGUACUACUAAUGUUGGAUCGUAUCAGCUGAAACAACAGUCUGAAACUAUACAGGAAUCACAACUCCCAGUUCAAGUUCAAGAUCUUGUUACUGAACUGUACAAGCAGGCAGUAUCGACUCUAGGAGACAAGCUUGGUGCUUCGAAGCUCCUCAUUUCUCCAGAGGGUUCGAUUGACACUGGCACAGGCUCCAUUUCGCUUGUUCAAGUCGAAAAGGCAGAGUUGAUACUUUACCAGAUUGCCAAUGCAGUGCGUACCGAUCCACAAGCAAUUUCUGGUUCGUUUGUCUCGCAGUUGUUCAACGACUUUUAUGCAGCACUCCCACAGACCAAGUCAACUGGAAAGGUCGCCUCUAAUUCUUUGGAAACACUUCAGGACCUACAAGACAUCGUUCAAUUGAUGAAAGAUAUUCUAAACGUCGGAGAAUCACUGGGUGUCUCUCACUCGAACAACCCACUCGAUGCUCGUUACCGUGCCAUGCGUUGUAACAUCGAAACUGUCGAUACCACCUCAAAGGAAUACAAAAAAUUGCACGACCAAUUUGCAAAGUCCUCUGAGUCACUCAUGAAGAUAAGCAACAUUUUCAAGGUUACUCGUCGAGAUGAAGAGAAACACUCACUUCCAUAUUCCAACGUCAAAACACUAUACCACGGAAGUAAGUCUAGUAACAUUCUUGGUAUCUUGUCUCGUGGUUUACUACCACCAAAGUUGGCAACCUCAUUGGGAGCAUCUCGUCGAGAUAUAGGAUAUCUUGGUUCAGGUAUUUAUUUCGGUACAAAGUCAUCAACAAGUUAUCAAUAUUGUGAUACAGUUACUUCAAAAAGAUUUAUGGUUGUUUGUCAAGUUGCACUUGGUGUAACAAAGAAAUAUACAACACAUCAAACACAGUUGACAGAGGCACCAAGAGGAUAUCAAAGCGUCCAGGGUGUUGCAUCGGAUGGAAAGAAUGGAUCGGUCUUUAAUGACGAUGAAAUAGUUGUGUUUGAUGCCAAGCAACAGGUUAUCAAGUAUUUGAUUGAAUUCCAACCACUUGUUUCGCAACCAGAGGCCAAGUUAAAGAAUCUUGCAUUGCAGGUCAACACCACUGCUCCAAAGGCAUCGGUCAUUGAUAAUGACACUGUUCCAGUCUCGAUACCACCAUCGUCUCAACCAUCGAAGGAGGAAGAUGAGCCAGUGGAGUCUGGACUUAUUAGCAGCGGUGUCAAAGUGCCACUGAAGGCGGUUCACGUUCGUGCCAAACUUCUCGAUUUGAUUGGAGAAGUAACUCUAUUCCAACACUAUAAUAACGCAACAAGUAAAGCCAUUGAGGCCAAGUAUGUGUUCCCACUGGAUGAAAUGGGUGCAGUAUGUGGAUUUGAAGCGUUUAUCAAUGGAAAGCAUGUCGUUGGUGAGGUAAAAGAGAAGGAACGAGCUCACCGAGAAUAUAAACAAGCUAUCUCUGAGGGACAUGGUGCAUACCUGAUGGACGAAGAGAAGCCAGACGUCUUCACUGUGAGUGUCGGUAACAUUCCACCCUAUUCCGAGGUUCUCAUUAAAAUUACCUACAUCACAGAGUUGUCUCUAGAUGGAUUGGACAUCAGUUUCAUCUUGCCAUCAUCAAUUUCUCCAGCACAACAAGCUGUUUCCGGUGCACAAGUGACACAGUCCUCAACUUCAACUGUCCAAGUCAAAGAGAUUGGUAAAUCAAACUUUACAGUUCAAAUUGGUAUUGAAAUGCCAUAUAAUAUUGUUAAAUUAAAUUCACCAACACAUCAAAUACGUUCAAAGAAAACACAUACCAAAGCUACGGUUGAAUUGGAUCGUGUCGAAUCGCUCGGAACCAACUUUCAGUUGCUCAUUGGUCUGGAAGAUCCGUACAGCCCUAGAAUGUGGGUUGAGGUUGAUAACAGUGGACAUCAUGCAUCGAUGUUGGCAUUCUAUCCAAAGCUAGAUAUCGAGCACGGCGAUCAACCAUCUAUUGUUACGAUCGUGCUUGACUUAUCAGCAUCAAUGCAUGGUGAUCCCUUUGAGGACAUGAUGAGAGCGGUGCGUUUAACUAUCACCAAUCUCCGUGGAAUGAAUAUUAAAUUCAACAUUGUCCAAUUCGGUGAUAUUUUCGAUUGGUUAUUCAUUGAACAUGUUCCACCAACUGAAGCCAAUCUUCAAUUGGCAUGGAGUCAUAUCAACUCGCUCCGUCCAUCCUAUGGUGGUACCGCACUUCACCUGCCAUUGCAAUCGUUGAUUCUCAUGUCUGACCAAACUCCAUCAAAUCGUCCACACAAUAUAGUGUUGUUCACAGAUGGACAGAUUGCCAAUCCACCACUUGUUCAAGCACUUAUUCGUAGAUCUUCAUCGAAAUGUCGUCUCUUCUGUUUCGGUGUUGGACCGGAUGUAUCACGUCACCUAAUCAAGUCACUCACUCGUUUGGGCGCAGGUUUCGCAGAGUUUAUCACACCCAACAAACGUCCAUCGACCAAGAAAAUCAUUGCUCAACUUCAACGUACAGUAGCUCCAGCGAUGUCCAAUGUUCGCGUUGUCUUUGACUCGAGCGACAAGAUCACUCAGACACCUGCCACCAUCACCUCUAUCUUUAGAAGUGAACGUCAGGUUGUCUAUGCUUUCAGUGGUAUCUGUACACGUGCAACACUCACUGCUCAGGCGCCAGGAGGUGGACUCAUAAGCAAUGCCGUUCACACACCAGAGAUUGGAUUCCUUCGUGGCAAUCUGAUCCAUCGUCUGGCAGCAAGAUCCAUGAUUCGUGAGUACAACGAUGGUAGCUAUUCAGAUUCAAAGCUACAACACGACUUGAUCAAGAUGAACAAGAAGCAAGACAUCAUCGACCUCUCAAUCAAAUAUUCCAUUGUCACAGAGUUUACCUCGUUCGUGGCCAUCGAGAAGCGUGAGAAAGGUGAAGUCGCCAAACCUCAACCAAAUAUGAUGGAAAUCGUUGAACAAACAGUAGUCGACACACUCCCUUAUAUUUCUUUUGAAAAGGAGGGAGAGUCUGAUGAUUCCGGUGACUCUACAAUGAAGACAAAGAGAAGACAGCUGGUUGAUUUGAUCAAGGAAAAUCAGGAGCAAUCUACCAUUGAAAGAAAGUCAGAAUCACUUCGUGUAUUCCAUCAAAUUAUUGAUACCUAUGGUGAAUACGACUUUGAGGAGCUCAGGCUAUUCGGUCAAACCAUCGAUACCAUCGUAGAUGAAUUAGUUACCAAGUCGAUUGAAUCGGACACCACCACCGACAGCCAAGCAAAGAUGACACCAUUGGCGUUGAGUCGUGCCAAGCGUAACAAGCAAAAGGCAUUGGAUGAAUUGAAGUAUCAAUCACAUGGUUUGUUGAGAUUGGUUGAAGCAUCACUAUCCACAUGUGUCCGUGAGGAAUCAAAGAUUGUAGUACUCGAGAGACAAUGUGUUAUCAACGGUAUCUUGGCUGGCAUAGAAACAAAUGAGAUAGCCAAGAAAGCCAUGAUGGAUAAAACCAAGCAGUUGUUUGAAUCUACCUUGAAGAGAUCCGAGAAACUCCCACCAACCAACGCAAUCAGAUUGCAUCUCGCUUACUCGGCAUCACUAUUUUACAAGCGUAUUGGAAUGUUGGACCAAGCUUGUUCAAUCUCCAAAACUUCUUUUGACGAUGCCAUCAGUGAAUUGGAUUGUCUAAGUGAAGAUUCCUACCAGGAAGGAACUCUCAUUAUGCAGUUGAUUCGUGACAACCUCACAGAGAUGACAGAGGAAAUGGAAAUCGAUAUGGAACCAAGUUUAAUGAAGACACCAACCAAAGGAAAGUUAGAGCAGGUUACAAACGAGCAACCUCUUGAAGACAAACCAAGCUCAAAUAUUUGGUCACAGGUUGUAAAGAAUCUUGUUGGUGAUAAGCCAACGCUAAAAAAUAAACCUGUUCUCGAUUGGGCUAUGAUCACUGAGGAGGAUGAAGAACUUAGGUCAAUUAAUCGUGCCGAUGAAAAAGAAAAACGUGGAGAUAAAGAUAGAGAUAGAAGAGAUGAAAUAGAAGAUAGAGAAAGACAAAGAGAAAGAGGAGGUGAAAGAGAAAAAGCAAAAGAAAGAGAUGUUAGAGAUAGAAAAGGGAAAGGAGAUGUAAAGAAAGAGGCUUUUGAACUAUCAGUAAGAAGAAGCAGAAGUAGAAGUCCAAGUCCACCACGAUUACAAGCACAAAAAAAUAGAGUUAGUUUUGGUGGUAAAGCAGGCAGGGGUGGUAGAGGAGGAUUUUCUGGAGGAGAAUUAUCAAGCGGAACAGAAGAGCGUAGAUCAAGACACGUGAGUUUAUUUGAUUCCAUGGAUGGUGUACAAGAGUUACCACCACCUCCUCCAACCACAACCCCAAUAGUUACUCCUACAACACCAGCUCCCAGACCAACAAGUGGAUCGAAAGCACCUCAAAAAACAUUUUCAUUUGGUGGCGGUGGCAAUGUCGGCAAUGGCGCACCUGUUGGAGGUCUGAUUGGCAGUCCAUCUAACUUUAACAAUAACAACAAUAAUAGGGAUGGUAGCUUCCAACAUAUAGGAAUGGCAUUCGGAUCUGCUCAACCCACCCCAUCUGGAUCACCAUUCUUGUCAACAUUUGGCGCAGCGACAACAACUUCGCUCUUUGGUACUUCAUCAACUUCAUCCUCCUCAUCGUUUGGUGCUUCACCAACCUCAUCUUCCUCACCUUUUGGUCAAAGUUCAACACCAUCAACAACAUAUGGAUUGAGAAGUUCGACAGUCUCAACAGGAAAGGCUGCACCUGUAGAGAAUAAACCUACCUUUGCUUCUUCUUUGUUUGGAGCACCCUCCCAACCUGCUGCACCACCAGCACCUGCGCCAAAGGCACCUGUGACUUCGUGGAGAGCACCUUCAUCAUCUCCUGCACCACCACCUCCACCACCAGCAGCGUCAGGACCACCUCCACCACCAGGCGCACCAUCUCCAUUAAAACCGACCGUUCCAAUUAGUGGUAUGCUUAGAAGAUUAUCAUCGAGCUCUCUUUCACAAAGCAUUUCACAAGAAAAAUCGGCACAAGCUCCUCCACAACAACAACAACAACAAAAAUUAGUUGCUGAUCAAUCUUCCUUACUUAAUUCAAUUAAAGAAGGAGCCAAAUUAAAAAAGAAAUCAGUGUCACAUUCUUAUUCCCCAACUGCACCAUCUUACUCACCAACCUCACCAUCUUACUCACCAACCUCACCAUCUUACUCACCAACCUCACCAUCUUACUCACCAACCUCACCAUCUUACUCACCAACCUCACCAUCUUACUCACCAACCUCACCAUCAAUUAAUCCGUCAGAUUAUGUCAAAAGUGGAGCAGCAGCAAGUGCAGGAAAUAUGAGACUGAUGGACACUCUAUCCUCUGCAUUGUUUUCAAGACGUUCAACAGUUAAGUUCGACAGUUAUUCUGAAGAUGAGCCGAGCGAUGACGAUUGGGACGAUGAUUCACCAAUGGAACAAUUGAGUAUCGAUCCUGCUCCCAAGAUGAAAUAUGAACAAAAGAAGGAGGAAUGCUUGUCAGAAGAGGAAGGAGAAGAUUUCAGAAUGUCCUUGUUUGAUGAUGGUUAUAGUGUACCUCUUACAGAACCAAAAUAUAACAAAGAUAUUGGUGCUCCACUUGCAAAAUCGCAGCCAGAGAGAAUCUAUGAAGAAUCAGAAGAGGAUUGCGGUCUAUUUGAUGGAGAUUUUGAACUUGAAUUACUCGCAAAACCAGCUCCUAAGCCAAUUUCUACUUCAUCAUUAUCAUCUUCAUCAAGUGCCAAGAGAUGCACUGUCAUUGCAAACGAUGACUCUGAUGAGGACAUGGGAUUCGAUUUGUUUGGCGACUACAGUCAGGAAGAAAAGAAAGCUUCACCACAAAAAGAAACGGAAUCGAUUGUUUGGAAACUCAAUUCAGCAAUCAACGGCAGAAUUAUGGAGGUUUUGGAGAUUCUUGGUAUCCCAUUGAAUGAUCCGUUCAUCCAAAAGGUUAAUAAGAAAGAAUACACCAGAGUGAUAAACGAGUUGGUAUUUGUUUUCCUCAAGCUACUCAUCCAUGAUACAGAGGCUGCUCAAACCAUGUUGAACAAGCUCAAUAGAUUGGCCCAAAUCAAAACUGUACAAAUCGAUAGAUAUAGUCCAGCCUACUAUUGCCUCAAGAGAACAAGAUAUGCACAUCUCAUUAAAUCAUUGUAA